AUGCUCCCCACUAACGGCCUCAAGCAUUUAUCUAAUGCUCUCGCCACCCCCGAUCAGCUCUCCAGUUCCUCCUCGUCGAUCGACGGCGUGCCCUCAGACCUCGAAACAUCAAUCCGCUGCGCCGGUGCCCAGCUCACACAGGCGGCAGGCGUUCUCCUACAUCUGUCCCAGGAUGUGAUCGCCCAGGCGAUUGUAAUCUUUACACGCUUCUGGCUGGGAACAGACGGAGGAAGCUUACGAAUUUACUCGGCCAAGGAUAUCUCGGCCGCAUCGCUCUACCUGACAGCCAAGCUUUCUUUCCAUCCCACCUCACCACGAUCCGUCUUGAACGUUUACACUUUUCUCCUGUCCCAAGGCUCUUCUCCGCUGUGGUUCGUGAACCCCAGCGGGGCCCCCAGACAGCCUCCCGCGACAGAUAGCUACAUCCUCUCUGAGGGCGGUUACCAGCCGGCCCGGCUGGAGCUCCUUCGAAUCGAAUCGAUCAUCCUCAGAACCCUCGGGUUCGACACGCACGUCGCCCUUCCCCACACUAUUGCUCUCACCUACUUACAAACCCUGGGUGUGACAAGAUCCGCCGUCGCACGUCGAGUCAUUAAGCAUCUGAACGCCAGUCUGCUAUCACCUCAACUUCUCUAUGUAACACAUCAGCCAAAUGCCUUGGCCGUGGCAGCUAUCUACCUCGCAACGCGCGAAGAAGGAGUGAAGCUGGUAGAUGGGGAAUGGUGGGAGGUCUUUGAUGUCGAUCGAGAAGAACUUGGGUUCCUUGUUGUGGGUAUGAGAAGUACAGAAGGCUUCGUGCGGGCUGAGAUGGAACGGUGGAGGAACAAGAUGAUUCCCAUGGUGGUAGACGAGGUGGAGGCGGAGAUUGAGCGACGGCGGAUGAUGCAAGAAGGUGAAUGA